AUGGCCUACGCAGCGGCGGUGGCGCCCCUGGUGGCCCGGCAGCCAUGCCUGACCCAUAGCUUCCAAGCCCGCCGGCGCAUUGGCCAUGCAAGGCUGGUGGUGCGCGCCGUGGACACCCCCGUGGCGACCGACCUGCAGGCGGAGUUGAGCAGCCCGGCGGCAGUGCGCAAGGCGCUGCUGGCGCGCGGAUGGGACCUUGCCUGGAUCGACGGCGUCACUGGCGAGAUGAUCAAGCGCAAGCUGCAGGCCAGCGUGCCGCAGAUCGAGGCAGCGGUGUCGUACCUGGAGUCGCUGGAGAUCCCCCUGAAGUCUGUGGAAAACAUGGUGUCAAUCAACAAGCUGAUCCUUGGGCAGCCGGUGGAUGCGAUGCGUGCUGUGGUGGAGUAUGCACAGCGGCAAGGCGCCAGCGGCAAGGCGCUGGUGACGCUGCUGGAGGCUCACCCCAACCUGCUGACCUAUCGCGUGUCUGGCGACGGCAAGCAGCUAGAGAAGGGGCAGGCGCGGGCGUCGGUGGAUGUGGAGGAGCGCGGCGGGCGGCGGGUGGCGGGCGUGAGCUACUGGCGGGAGGGCGCGUCGUUUCAGAGCGCCCCCGUGGCGCCCUACAAGCCCUCGCCGCUGUGA